GAAGCUGUGAUCCAAGCUUUCUCUACGCUGGACGUCCUCGAUCACCUCUCACCCCCUACUCCUCGUACUCGGUUCUUGGACAUUUGUGAAACGCAGAUACGUGCCAACCAUGACUAUUCUUGUGACAGGGGGAGCCGGCUACAUCGGGAGCCACACUGUGCUCCAGUUGCUGAUGGGCGGAGACAAGGUUGUGGUGGUGGAUAAUUUGGAUAAUUCAUCCGAAACUGCCAUCAAGAGGGUCCAAGAACUUGCCGGUGAACGUGGCAAAAACCUUACCUUUCAUAAGAUUGAUCUCCGCGAUAAGCCAGCACUUGAGAAGCUUUUUGCUUCCCAAAAGUUCAACGCUGUCAUUCACUUUGCUGGACUAAAAGCAGUUGGAGAAAGUGUGCAGAAACCCUUGAUGUAUUAUGACAAUAACCUUGUUGGUACAAUUGUUCUGCUAGAAGUUAUGGCUGCCCAUGGAUGUAAAAAUCUCGUGUUUUCAUCCUCGGCUACUGUGUACGGUUGGCCGAAAAAGGUCCCAUGCACAGAGGAGUUUCCCAUUGGUGCUACGAAUCCUUAUGGUCGGACAAAGCUUUUCAUUGAAGAGAUGUGCCGUGACCUUUACCAGUCCGACAAAACGUGGAAAAUCAUUUUGCUGAGGUACUUCAACCCAGUUGGUGCACAUCAGAGUGGCUAUAUUGGUGAAGAUCCUCGAGGAAUCCCAAACAAUCUUAUGCCGUUUGUGCAACAAGUAGCUGUUGGAAGGCGAAAUGCCCUUACAGUUUUUGGAUCUGACUAUGGGACCAAGGAUGGAACAGGGGUACGUGAUUACAUCCAUGUCGUGGAUUUAGCAGAUGGCCAUCUUGCUGCUUUGGCCAAGCUCUCUGAUCCUUCUGUAGGCUGCGAGGUGUACAAUCUUGGGACAGGGAAAGGUACAUCCGUCUUGGAAAUGGUAUCAGCAUUCGAGAAAGCUUCUGGAAAGAAAAUCCCGUUGGUGAUGGCUGCACGACGACCCGGUGAUGCUGAGACCGUAUAUGCUGAAACAGACAAAGCCGAACGGGAGUUGAAGUGGAAGGCUAAAUACGGGGUCGAUGAGAUGUGCCGAGACCAAUGGAACUGGGCUAGCAAGAACCCCUACGGUUACGAGGCUCCCACCAAGUGAUGUUGGAGCCGAAGGGCGUUGACGUUGAGCCGGAAUCCACCAUGGUUUUAGCUCUUUUAAUAGGAAUUCUGGGAAUGUUGUAUGCAUCCCUUCCCCUUUAAGUUUGUUAAACAAGAAAAAUAAAUGCCAAGACGAUUAGGCGUUGUAAUCUUGCUUUUCCGGUAUAGUUCGUAGCUUCUUUGUUCAGAAAAUAUAGUAUAGCUUCAAACAAUUCCGACACUUUCUGGUUAGUCCAUUUAUACCAAUAAAGGAUUGUUUUGCCCAUGUGGGCUUUUCUUUUUUUC